GGCUUCGAUUCACGUCUCAGGUGUUGGGGCAGCCUCGGUUCGGCUCCGAGCUCAACCGCUGCCUCCUAGCCCGAGGCUUGCACCCCAAGCCAGGGAUCCUUAAAGGCCUACCGUAUUUCACCACAUAAUCGUCGCCACCACAUAGUCAUCGCACCCUGUUUUUUCAGUCCAAAAAUUGGUUUAUAACCUUUCAUCGUAUAAUCAUUAAAUGGUAAAAUUCUGUUCAUCGCACUGCUUGAAAGGUAAACAGAGCAUCAGUGUAUUCACCAGUGGCCUAUGGAUAUGCAUUUAUCUCUCUGGCAUUGUGAGCUGCAAGCCUAGAAUUCUCAGCGCAGGUGCAUUGUCAGUAUAGUUUGAAAAUCCACCUUGCAUGGUUUGUUUACAAUUCUGCUGUACUAAAGCCCAAUGAAGAGCCUUAGGAGCCAGGAAGCAGGCAGCAGGUGAAGCUGCCGUGAGUAAGUCACGUGAUUUGGUAAGACUUGCAUCUUCCUUCUCUGGUUGUACAGUUCAUCUGCCAGCGAAACAUUAAUGUGUGAAGCGUUUCUUUAUGACUAUGGGUAAAUAUAGAAACUAUUCUGCGGGCUUCAAAUUGAAAGUGAUUGUUUUUGCUGAACAGCAUGGAAACAGAGCUGCGGAAAGACAGUUUUCCGUGAGUGAAAAGUUGGUGCGAGACUGGCGGAAACUAAAAGACAAGCUAGAAAACACAGACCUUUCUAGACGUGCGUUUAGAGGUCCUAAAACAGGCAAGUUUCCACAGAUCGAUGAAGAAGUGUUUAUGUAUGUCACCGAAAUGCGCAACAGUGGCUACCGUGUAUCAUAUGAAAUGUUGCAAAUGAAGGCACGAGAGGUCGCGCGCAAACACAACAUUCUUAGCACUCAGUUUAAGGAGAGUCGUGGCUGGGUCAUGAGGUUCAUGCGACGAUGGAAUCUGUCUGUGCGAAGGAGACCCGCAAUAUGCCAAAAGUUGCCAACCGCUUGCACCGACAAGCUGUGCCUCCUGAGAACGCUGCUCUUCCCCAGGAAGAAAUUCUUCAAAGAAGAGGGAAUGGCCCCUGUGUUCCUGACUGCUCAGGCCUGCCAUGAGUCAGUGACCUUCCGGGACGUGGCUGUAGACUUCACCCCAGAGGAGUGGGGGCACCUGGGUCCUUCUCAGAAGGAACUCUACCGAGAGGUCAUGCUGGAAAACUACUGGAACCUGGUCGGCCUGGGACUUGCAGUGUCUAAACCAGAGGUGAUUGACCAGCUGGAGCGAGGGGAAGCACCAUGGAUACCAGAGGGAGACGUCCCAAGGAACAGCCACCAUGUGGGUUGGGAAAAGAUGUUUGAAACCAAGGAAUCGAUUCUAAAACCAGAACAGUCAUCCCAGGAAAGACUCACAAGAGAUGAUGAGCUUUGUGUUUCCAGCUUGGAGGAAGCUUGGAAAUCUGAUUGCUGGAUAGAAAGACAGCAGAGAAAUCAUGAGGAACAUCCUCAGCAAGUAAAAGGCGCUCAAAAGAAACCUUCCCCUGAUGUCAGUGGUCAUAAAUAUAAUAAAUGUGAUAGCAGCAUUAGUCUACAACCAGUCUGUGUGCCCCAAGAGAAAACAUCUGUUGAAAAGGAUUUCUGUAAAUGUGACACACACAGAGAGAACUUUAGACUUUAUACACAUUUGUUAAAAUGCAAUAAAAUGUACCCAAAGAAGAUAUUUUCUAUGUGUACUGAAUGUGGAAAAUCCUUCAGGUAUAAUUUAACCCCUGUUGAAAACCAGAGAAUAUGUACUAAAGCAAAAGAGUAUAAAUGUAAUGAAUGUGAUAAAGCCUUCUGUUGGAGAUCACAACUUAUUAAACAUCAAGCAAUUCAUACUGGAGAGAAGCCUUAUGAAUGUCCAGAAUGUGGGAAGGCCUUCCGGCAGAGUUCACACCUUACUCAACAUAAGACAAUUCACACUGGAGAGAAACCUUAUGAAUGCAGUGGAUGUGGGAAGACCUUUCGCCAGAGGAAAGGACUUACUGAACAUCAGAAGAUUCACACUGGAGAGAAACCAUAUGAAUGUAGUGAAUGUGGGAAGUCCUUUCGCCAGAGGAAAGGACUUACUGAACACCAGAAGAUUCACACUGGAGAGAAGCCCUAUGUAUGUAAUGAAUGUGGGAAAGCAUUUAGUCAGAGGACAGAUUUUAUUCGACACCAGAGAAUUCAUACUGGAGAGAAGCCUUACAAAUGCAAUGAAUGUGGUAAGGCUUUCUCCCAGAGGAAAGGACUUACCGAACAUAAUAAAAUUCACACUGGUGAGAAACCUUAUGACUGUAAUGAAUGUGGGAAAGCCUUUAGUCACAAAACAGAUCUCGUUCGUCAUCAGAGAAUUCACACUGGAGAGAAGCCUUACAAAUGCAAUGAAUGUGGUAAAGCCUUCUCCCAGAGGACAGGACUUACUGAUCAUCAGAACAUUCAUACUGGAGAGAAAGUUUAUAAGUGCGAUGAAUGUGGGAAGUGUUUCCGCCAGAACAGAGGACUUUGUGAACAUCGGAAAAUUCAUAGUGGAAGGAAAGUUUAUGAACAUAAUUAAUGUUAGAAAUCAAAGUUUACUCAACAUUAGAAAAUUCACACUGGAGAGAACCCUUAUGAAUGCAGAGGAUUUAUUCGAUACCAGAGAAUUCAUACUAGAGAUAAGGCAUAGAGAUGUCAUGGUGUAGGGUGGCCUUCUGCUGGACCAUAAAGUUUGGUCAACAUCUUCCCUUCCAGUCAAGCUGGGUUCCUUAUUGUCCCCCUAUGUAACAUUCUAUCUUCCAUUUCCAUAAAUUUGCACAGCCUAUAAUGCUUUCCCUCCUCACUCGUCUUCUUGUAAUCCCUGCCUGCCUUCAAGGCUUGGCUGAAGCGCCAUCUCACACCAGAACCUCUUCCUGAUUUUUCCAUUUAUUGGCCCCUGCCCAUCCCAAGAAAUCUGGUGUGUAUUUUGUCCAUAUUUUAGACUUAUUUAGCACAUACAUGUUGUUUUUCCUCCAGAAGCAGGAAGUGCCUACAAGGUAGGAAUAACUUGUUUUUGUCUAUAUCCUCAGGGCCUAGAAAGUGCUUGGAAGAUAUAAAAUGCUUAAUAAAUGCUUGAGUUGAAUUGAAUAUCUGAUAGAAGGCUUUCCACCAGGAGAACAGGAUCACAGAAGUCUGAGUUCUUUGGAACCUCGUCAGCCAAGUAGUCCGUACACCGGUGGAGUCUGUUCUAAUAUAGCCAACAUGCGGUCCUCCAAUUUCCACUUAACCUCCAAGGAGUGGGGACCUGUCCCCUCUCAUGACUGUUCACUUUUGGGCAGCUUUAAUUUUUAGCAAGCUAAAUCAGCCCAAAUCAGCUUCUUUGCCUCUUCCAUUUAUGACUCUUGGUCCUAUCUCUGAGGUCAAACAGAAAUCUAGUCUUUCCUCCGCAUGAUAGCCCUUCAAGUAGUUGAAGACCUCUGUCAUACCUCCCCCAGGCCAAACACCUACUUCCUUCAGCUGAUCUUCGUAGGACAUGGACUCUAGCCCUUUAUCAUCCAGGUUUCCCUCUCUGGACACUCUCCAUGGCACUCUGAAAACAGCACUCCGGAUGUGGUCCAGUUAUGGCAGAGUACAGUAGAGCUGUCAUAUCUCACAUUCCAGGAAGCUCUGUGUCUCUUAAAGCAGCCCCAAACUGCAGUAGCUUUGGGGCUGCCACCCCACACUGCUGACCCAUAGGAGUUUAUAGGUCACUGAAAUGCCCAGUGUUUUUUUCACAGCCACUCUUGCCUGUGCCUCCCCAUCUUUUGCUUGUGAAGUUCCUUUUUUUUUUUGUAUCCAAGUGCAAGAUUUUACAUCAAUUCCUAUUGAAUUUCAUAUUACUAGAUUCAGUCCAAUGUUCUAGCCUUAUCAAGAUCCUUUUGAAUUCUGCUUCUAUUAUCCAUCGUAUUGUAUUAACUAUCCCUCCCAACUUGGUAUCAUCAACAAACCAUCUCUGCCUUUAUGUGAGUCAUUGAUAAACAUGUUGACUAGCACAGGUCCGAGCGUGGAUCCUUGAGGUACUCCAUUAGAGACCUCCUACCAUAUUAACAUUAAACCACUAACAACCACUCCAGUCCAACCAUCCAACCAAUUCUUAACCCAUCUGAUGCUAUUAUAAUGUAAUAAGUAUCCCUCUGUAUUCCUAAGAAUUCUAUGGAAUAUUUUACCCAAAACCUUGCUAAAAUACGGGUAAACUACAUCCACAACAUUCUCAUCUGUUACUUUGUUGUGCCCCUUCCCCCAUCAGAAAUUAGGACAAUCUGCCAUGAUGUAUUCUUGAUGGAGUUCUUUGUAAUUACUGCUUCACUUUCCAGAUAUUUGCCAACUAUGUCUUUAGUGGGCUAGUCUAGAAUUUUCCCAGGAAUUGAAGUCAAACUCUCUGGUCUAUAAUUCGUAGAUUGUUUUCUUCCCCCCUUUGAAAGUCAGGACAUAAUUUGUCUUCCAAUCCAUUGGUUCCCUGAUCUCUACAUCAUUCCUGCUGGUUCUCUCAAUACGUAAGGAUGUGGUUUAUCUGGACCCAGUCACUUCAGUUCAUCAAGGUCAACUAGAUGUUCUCUUCCAGUCUCUUUGUGGGACAUCAGCUCCCUGUGAAUCACCACUCUGCCAUUUCAGGUGCAAAGGCCAAACAAGAAUCUUUGAGCAGCUGUUCUCUCCAUGGUCCAGUUACCUCUCUUCACCACAGUAGAUGGUGGGAGAUGUCACUUCAGAUCCAUUUCCUGCCAUAUUGUGAUUUGCCUGAGUACUUUAGUUGAAGAAAAGAUCCCUCUUAAGUUUUUGUAUUACAUGGAUCACAAACACAGUAAUCUACACACAUAAGAGUAAGACUAUGUUUGGGGGAUAAGCCUGAUUCCUUGGCCACCUUCUGCUCUGUGUUUUCUAUGAGCACAGACCAGUGGCCAAGAAAUCUGAGAAGGGAAUGUUUCCAGCUAGGAGAGUACCCUCAUGAGUUCUAGAAUUCAAGUUGCUGUGUUGGUGCUAGCUGCUCAGAAGGGAGCAGUUACCCACAAUUACACCAUUUCUCCCAUGGAAAAAAAUACAGCCCCUGCACCCUCCCAUCCCCCCACCCUCCAAGUAAAUAGGAGAAUGCUUCCGAUGAGGUGACUAAGGAAGCCCUGCUCUGUCUGGCCAAGAGAGUGGUGCAGACAGUAUAAUUCUGAGACAAAAUGGAAAUGUCUGUUCCACCUUUCAGUGGAGUGUAAAUGUGGUUCAUUUGUGAAUGCUUGCUUUCUAAUGUGUUAUCUGAAGCAUUUUCUGUGGUGGAGUAAAUAAAAAGCCAUCCUAUAACUCA